AUGGGAGAAAUUGGAGCCAAGCGUUGGAACUUUGGGGCCAAUGAGGUGGUUGAAGAUGCAUGCUCUCAGACUGUCCGUGAUUUCCUGAACCUCCUCGUUGAUAAUCUUGACCGCAAUGACGCCAGACCAGUCAUCCCUCUUGGACUCGGCGACCCUUCUCCCUUCCCUUCCUUCCGUACCGAUCCGGCCGCGGUCGAAGCCGUCUGCGAGGCUCUCCGUUCCUCAAAGUUUAACCACUAUCCUUCUCUUUCUGGCCUUCCUCUCACUAGGAAGGCUGUUGCAGAGUACCUCUCCCGCGAUCUCUCUUACCAUAUCUCUCCAGAUGAUGUUCAUCUCACAGUUGGUUGUCAUCAAGCCAUUGAGAUCUUGAUCUCAACACUCGCCGUUCCUGGUGCCAACAUUCUGCUGCCUAGGCCCACUUACCCGAUGUACGAUUCCCGAGCAUCUUUAAGCCAGCUCGAGAUCCGUCGCUACGACCUCCUUCCGGAAAAUGGUUGGGAGGUUGAUCUCAAUGCAAUUGAAGCUCUUGCAGAUGACAAAACCGUUGCUCUGGUUCUUAUCAACCCCUGCAAUCCUUGCGGAAACGUUUUUUUGCGUCAACAUCUGCAAAAGAUUGCAGAGACUGCUUCCAAGCUUGGAAUACUUGUGAUCGCAGACGAGGUCUAUAAGGAUAUUGUGUUUGGAGACAAGCCAUUUGUGUCCAUGGCGGAGUUUGCAGAGAUUGUGCCAGUGAUGAUGUUAGGAGCAAUAUCCAAGAGAUGGUUCGUUCCUGGCUGGAGAUUUGGUUGGAUGGUGACUCUUGACCCUCAUAACAUCAUGAAAGAUUCUGGUCUUGUUGGGAGUCUUGUCAAUGUCCUCAACAUGUCGACCGAUACCACGACUUUUAUUCAGGGCGCAAUUCCUGAUAUCAUUGGGAAGACAAAAGAGGAGUUCUUCUCAUCGAAACUCGGAACUCUAAGAGAAUGUGCAGAGACUUGUUACGAGGAGAUCAAGAAGAUCCCUUGCAUCACUUGCCCUUACAAACCUGAGGGGUCAAUGUUCACGAUGGUCAAGUUAGAUCUUUCGAUGCUUGAAGAUAUAAGCGAUGAUUUGGAAUUCUGUUGCAAGUUGGCUAAAGAGGAAUCUUUGAUCAUCCUACCAGGUCGAGCUGUUGCGCUUAAGAACUGGCUACGCAUCACUUUUGCGGUUGAGCUCGAGGUUCUUAGAGAUGGGUUUGUCAGGCUAAACAACUUUGCUCAGAGACACUCCAAGAAGAAGACAUAA